AUAAGAUAGAGAUAUUUGCACUGAAAGAUACAAAAAGCGGAGAAAAGGCCGGCUUCUAAUCUAAUAAUUCCGUAAGGGUGGGUCUGACUCCCUGCAGAGUACAGACGGAGUAAUCUUUCUCCGUUUUAAGUUGUAGCGACAGAAAUAGAAAUGGAGAAGGAAGGUUGACAAAUACGACGGCGUUUCAAUGACGGACGGAAACGACGGCGUUUUGCACCUCUUUGUGCCUGACAUGAGAGUGUGGAGCAAUUAUCAUGAGUCUUGAUCGACAAAGAUGAAGAUUCAAGAAGAGGAAAAAAGAAGCUUUCCAAAUAAACCCUAAAAUCAAUAUCCAUUUCUUCUCAACGGUGAAGCUUUCUCAGGCCUUUUUUCCGUUUUCGGGCAACAUUUCAAUAUCCGGUGAACAUUGACACAUCCUUCGCAUGUUUCUGCCACUGCAAAAAAUACUCGGUGUUGCUGAAAUUACCAAUGUUUCUGAAAUAAAUUCCAGUCUAAGACCAAUCUGAUUCAUUCUGGGAAAAUUGGCAUGUCCUUUUUUCUGCUGUAGGUUUUCUUGAUCGGGGAAAAAAUGUCACUGUUUGCUUGAUCUAAAAGCUGGGCAAUGAGUUAUUGUUUUUUUCAAUGUUUGCCCCCCGUUAUCUGAGGCUAUCUAACUGACACAAGCUUCAAUCAAGAUCUAAAAGGGCCAUGCUUGAGUUGGUUUAGCCAUUGAAGGGACUGUGCAUUAUACUUGUAACUUGCUAUGACAACAUGAUAAAUUGCUAUCCCAUCAGCACUUGUGCGAGGAAUAUUGUCCGGCUGAGUGGGUGUGUUCAGAGACAAAUGAGCAGCCAUAUCUGUAGUUUGGUAUCUCAAGGACCAUCCAGUUCAUUUAGUUUCUAUUUUUACACAGGGCAUUCCAAACCAAAAAAUACCUUCGUGUCUGUCUCUGAGACAUUCUCUUGUUCAUCCAUUACUGGCUUUCAUACAUUCCAGGGGAGCUGUUUUUAUUCUGGCUUCUCCAAGCGAAGGGGGAGCUCACGUUCACUAACAGUUAAAAGUUUGAUUGGUUCCAGAGGACCUUCAAAGAGAAGCCUUAAUAUUUCAUUGACAUGCCAAAAUAUGAAUGUGAGGCUUUUGGUGCCAAAACAAGGAAUUCUUCCUAAAAUCAAAUGUAAUGUGGGAUCAGUGUCUUGGCCACAAGGAUGUGCCUCCGCUGGAUUAAUGUUUGCACUGUUGGUUUGUUAUUCAAGUUCUGAACCAGUACAUGCUGAAUCAGCCCAGAAAAAGGAGGAUAAGAAAGAUGAAUGCUAUACCAAUUCACAUGGCAAGAAAGUCUAUACUGACUAUUCCAUUACUGGCAUACCUGGAGAUGGGAGAUGCUUAUUUCGCUCUGUUGUUCAUGGAGCUUGUUUACGGUCUGGAAAACCAGCUCCAAGUGAAAGCUGUCAAAGAGAAUUGGCUGAUGAACUACGAGCUGAGGUUGUGGAUGAGUUUAUCAGAAGAAGAUCUGAGACAGAAUGGUUUAUUGAAGGUGAUUUUGAUACUUAUGUUUCACAAAUGAGGAAACCGCAUGUAUGGGGAGGUGAACCUGAAUUAUUCAUGGCUUCACAUGUUCUCCAGAUGCCGAUCACAGUCUACAUGUAUGAUAAGGAUUCUGGUGGCCUGAUAGCCAUUGCAGAGUAUGGACAGGAAUAUGGCAAGGAAAAUCCUAUUAGGGUCCUUUAUCAUGGCUUUGGCCAUUAUGAAUCUUUGCAAAUUCCUGGAAAGAAGGGGGCUAAAUCGAGACUUUAGCGAUGGCAUUACCAUCAGAAUGGCAGAGUGAUUAACUGUACCAAUAAUCAACAUAAAGGAAAGGUAUGAGUACCUUACAUGUUUGUAACCUCCAUUUUUUUUUUUCAUUUUUUUCAUGAUAUAAGCUUGAGUGAAAUUAAGUUGUUGAAUUCCUGGUUCAAAAGACCUUAUUUUAUUUUUUAAAAUAAGAGUCAGAAUCUUCUUCAUCAUGAAUGGAGGAAUCACUAUUGCAGACUGUUCA